AUGAGAUUCUCCAUCGUUUCCGCCGUCAUCGCCUCCGCCGGCCUUGUUGCCGCCGCUCCCGCCAGCGAGCCGGGCAAGCGCGAGACGAACCUCGGCGGUCUUGGCCCCAUUGCCGGCCUUGUCGGCGGCAGCGGCUCCGGAACCGCCAACGGUGCUGGCAACGGCAUCCAGAGCGGCCUCGCCACCUUGUUCGGUUCUGCUGAUGCUGUCCUCAACACCCCUCUCGACUUCGUCAGCAAGCUCGUCUCUGGAGACCCCAUUGGUGCCGUCACCAGUGCUGGCAGCGAAGCCAUGAAGUUCGCUGGCAGCGUUCCUGGCCAAGUGGCGAAGCCUUUUACCGAUGUUGGCUCUGGUGUCGCCAGCGACAUGUCCAAGACCACCCAGGCCGCUACCAAGUCCAACUAG